AUGUCGUAUCCGGAACUCCGGCGCCGCACUCGUCAAGUCGUCCUCGCUCUGCUUGAACGCCGGACGGCUCGCGAUCCGUUCCCUGCGCACAAAAUUCCCACUAGGGAACAAGUCUUACACUAUGAGACCCUUGGUGAAGCUGGACCUACCAUAGCAGAGUGGAUGGUGGAUCCGUUGAGUACGUUCUCUGCGAUCUGGAAUCAGAGGGCGGGCGACCUCCUUCUUGAGCUUCUUCUCGCCCAAGGGAUUAUCACACCAGCGGAAGGGCCGGACAUACGGGCAUAUGUCGCGUCAUACCAUAACAACUCACUUCGUCGCCACUACCGAUCUCUCAAUCUCUCGAAUUCAACCUCCAUCGCGGGCAGGGCGACGAACAUGAAGCGCCGACGCAAUGUACUCUCCAUUCUGAGUCGAAGUCAUCUCGAAGAUACAUUCCAAAUUCUUCAUGCGGUAGAUCUGGAACCCGGCAUUUAUGCUGAUGACGAAGACGACCCCCGUUCCAUUAAUGCUGCAAACUGA